GUGCGCCUACACUGGACGGCUGCGGUCGCUAUGAUGGCGCCCUUGGGGAAAUGCAGCCGUCUCGUCCAAACAUUUCGGCUGCUCGCCAAACUACGGUCGGUGUCACGCCAUAUACCGCGGCACAAUGUCCAUCAGACAGCGUACGUGUUGGGCGUCAAAGGCAUCGAGCUUCGCAUGCCCGCGCUGUCGCCCACCAUGACAGAAGGCACGAUCAUCAAGUGGCUCAAGAGCGAAGGUGACACCGUCCAGCCGGGAGACGUUCUCUGCGAGAUUCAGACCGACAAGGCGGUCGUCGCCUACGAAGUCGAAGACUCGGGUGUCCUCGCCAAGAUUCUCAAACACGCAGACUCCGGAGUGCAGCCGCUCAACACGCUCAUCGGACUCAUGGUCGAGGAAGGACAGGACUGGAAAGAUGUCGACGUCCCCGAGGAAACGGCCGCCGGCAGUAUGCCGGCUGCCGCUGCCCAACCGGCAGCUUCCCAACCGAAGCCGGCGCGCGCAAGGGCGUCCAUGGUUGGUCCGGCUGUGAAGCACCUCUUAAACAUGUACGGGCUGAAAGCGGAGGACGUGCCGGCUACAGGUCCCCAUAACGUACUGCUCAAGGCGGACGUCGCUCGGUAUGUGUCCUCCAAAGGCGUCUCUGGAACAACUCCUCCCGAGCCGUCGCUUACUCAGGCUAGCCAGACGUUGGAGUACGAGGACGUGCCGUUGACCAACAUGCGACGUGCGAUCGCCAAGCGGCUGACCCUUUCGAAGACGACGAUCCCCCACAGUUAUAUGAACGUCGUGUGCGACAUCGACGAAACGCUCGAGACGCGAAAGAAGUACCUGGCCGAGGGAGUCAAGGUGUCUGUGAACGAUUUCAUCAUCAAAGCGGCAGCGAUGGCCUUGCAUCGAGUGCCCGCCGUGAAUGCUACGUGGAAACACGAAAGCGUCCAACUCUUGUCCGACAUCGACAUCUCCAUCGCAGUGGCUACCGACACCGGCCUAAUCACGCCCAUCGUGAGAUCCGCGGAUGUUAGGGGCAUCGAGGAAAUCGCCGCCACCGUCAAAGAACUGGCCGGCCGAGCGCGCGAGGGCAAACUGAAGCCGAGCGAGUUCGAAGGGGGCUCGUUUUCCAUCUCAAACUUGGGCAUGUUCGGCAUCUCGCAGUUCAGUGCAGUGAUCAACCCUCCGCAGGCAUCCAUACUGGCCAUAGGAGGAUCCGCGCUGGUGCCUGGCUGCGAUGGAAAGCCACGACACGCCAUGGCUGCCACACUGUCGUACGACGCACGGGUCGUUACCGAGGAAAGUGCGGCCGAGUUUGUGAAGGCAUUCAAAGAUCACAUGGAACAGCCACUCAACAUGCUAGGAAUGCCUCUUGCGAAGCACUCUGACAGACUGUAGGAUAUUUAUUGCAUCA